GGCGGCAGGGAGAGGGGGUUGGGGGUGGGCCGGUAGGAGGGUGGACCGCGCGGCGCGGCGCGGGGGCGGGCGGAAGGCGGCGCCGCUGCAGUGCGGGACCGCUCGCCCGCCGUGCCCGCGUCCCCGCGCAGCCACCUCCGGCCUUGGGCGCCGCGCAUCCAGGACGCGCCGCGCGUCGCCAUGGCCGCGCCGGGGGCGCAGCAGCUGGACGAAGACGACGGCCUGCGGGCCUGUGAGCUCUACGUGCAGAGGCGCGGCAUCCAGCAGGUGCUCAAGGACUGCAUCGUGCAGCUUUGCUUGGCCAAGCCCGAGCGCCCCAUGCGGUUCCUGCGCGAGCACUUCGAGAGGCUGGAGAAGGAAGAAAACAGACAGAUCCUGGCUCAGCAGAAGUCGGCCUCGCAGUCGGACUUGCAGGACGAGGAUGUGUCUCCGUUGCCGCCCAAUCCCGUGGUGAAGGCCCGGCACCGGCGCGGCGGCGUGAGCGCCGAGGUGUACACGGAGGAGGAUGCGGUGUCCUACGUGCGGAAGGUCAUCCCCAAGGACUACAAGACCAUGACGGCGCUGGCCAAGGCCAUCUCCAAGAACGUGCUCUUCUCUCACCUGGACGACAAUGAGCGGAGAUCUGCACCUUCUCAGCAAGCCCUACAGUUCUCAGUGGACGAGUCUCACACUUCUCUCGGCAAACGGAUCCUGCAGUGUUCAUCCUUUCCCAUGCUCUCACCAAGAAGACCUGGUUCCCAGCGGUGUGGACUGGCUGUUGAGGCCCGGGGGGCUCCGGUGGGCAGCGGGGGCAGGCGGCAGGGCGAGGCCAGCCAGGAGGGGCUGGGAGUCCUGCCCCUGGACACAGCCCUGCGGCGGAGGGGCACGGACGACUCUGGGCUUCAGGCCGGGGCUUGCUGGUCCUCAGCCCCAGGGUACAGCCUGUCUGUCAUAGCUCGGCGUGCCCCCCCCCGGGAGCAGGAAGAGAGCUCCAGAUGGUCUUUGUUAUGUGAGCGGUGUUCUCCGACCUCUGCUGGUGCCUCUGGGACUAGUUACGGGAAGAGUUCCUUCAUGGCUAAGCACAUGGGGCUCUUUAUCUGGCGUAGGAGUGAAGUUUAAGUGAAAGUGGGCCAUGCCACCUCAGGGCUUUCUGGAGAUAGUCGCCCCAAGGCUUUUAUCCUGUGUCUGCUCGGGGCCCGUGUGCACUCGGGAGCUGCCCGCGAUGCAGGGUCAACGGGUACACUGUCUCCAGGGACCUUCUCCUCCGGUGGGGCCAGCAUGAGGCACGUGGGAUGAAGGACAAGCUGCCAACUCACGUCUGAACGAGGACUGGCAUCUAGAACACGUGAAGAUCUCUGUCAAUUCAACAACACGAAAACCAGGAGUCCAGUUAGAAACUGGACAGAGUGUUGAAGAGACGCUCGACCACAGAGGACCCUGGGAUGGAGAAUGAACCCUGGGAGGUGCCCGGCCGCUCGGGCAGCGGGGAAAUGCAGAGCAAACCCCGGGGGCUGUCACUCCACACCCUUCGGGAUGGCCAGAGUAAAACCCGCCUGUGCGGAGGUGGAGGAGCCGGGCCCUCGUCCAUUGCCACUGGGAAUGGCAGCCGUAAUGGCCUGGAAAACAUUUGAGUAGGUUCUUAGAAAACUAAACAUGUAACUGCCGUGUGACCCGGCAAUUGCACUCUUGGGCAUUUAUCCCAGAGAAAUGGAAAAUUACGUUCACGUGAAAACCCGUACAUUAACUUGUCAUAGCAGCUUUCUUUGUAAAAGCCCGAAACUGGAAAUAACCCAGGUAUCCCUCAGCGGGCGAGUGGAUAAAUAAGCUUGGGCGCCGUGCCGUGGGAUAGCGGCCGGCCAAAAAAGGGGACAAGCUGCUCACACACACAGCGGGUGGGGUGAGCCUCCAGGGAGCUUGCUGAGAGGCGAAGCUGGCCCUUGAGCUUCCAUCCCACGGGACAUCAUUUAAGUGACAUUCUCACAGUGGCAGAAUUACGGAAGUGGAGGGCCGAUUGGUGGCCCCCAGGGCUUAGGGGCUGGGUGGGGUCCUGGGGGGUCUGCAUGGCAUCACCACCGGCACCCUGGCUGGCUUCUGAGAUGCCCCCUAUGGGGAGGUGCUGACCGCCGCACGGCCGUCUCCGUGGGCAGGCCGGCCACUUGGGGUCACUGUGCUCCAGCCGUCUGCGAGGGCAGGCGUCAGCUGGGCUGAGGGCCCGCUGCAGGUGGGGCGAGGGUGCCCUGGGACAGGCCACCUGGGUUGGGCUGGCCGCAGACCCCCAGCCCCCUGGAGGAGCCCGGGCCUUGGUGAGCGUGGCGCCGCCCGCGGCUGGACGCGGCGCUCAGGGCCGGCGGGGCUGUGCCGCCUGCGGGGUGUGGUGCUGGCACGUCCACGUCUGUCUGUCGCCCCUUUCGCAGGUGAUGGGAUGAGGCCCAGCAGUUGGCCGGCCAGGCCCUCAGCUGGUCAGAGCCGCGAGGUGGACCCUCUGCCUGGCACCCAGGCCCAUCCGCCUUCCGCCUCGCUGCACUGUGCCCCAGAAGACUGAGGAUCCCAUGUCUCUGCUCUUCCCUCUGUCCACCUGCUCCCAGGGCCCCCUGUGGCCAUCACGGGGUGGGAGGAGAGGCUGUUUCUCUGAAGCUGUUCAUAGGACAGGGUCCCGGGGGGGUCCCAGCGCCCCAGGGAGCAGCCCAUAGGGUUGGGGCUCUAGGGGGCAGCUGGUCUGUGUCCGCCACUAGUCAGGUCCUCGGUGUGGUGGCCCCUCUUGGGUCCCUGUUCUCAGACGGAAUCGGGGUCCCUGGUUUGUCUGCACACAUCUGGCCCAGUGCCUCUGUGGACCGUGGCCUCUGUGGUCCGUUGCCUCUGUGGACCGUGGCCCCCAUGGACAGUGGCCUCCGUGGACCGUCACAUCCAUGGACUGCAGCCUCCAUGGACUGUGGCCUCUGUGGUCCGUUGCCUCUAUGGACCGUGGCCUCCAUGGACAGUGGCCUCUGUGGACCGUCACAUCCAUGGACUGCGGCAUCCGUGGACUGUUGCCUCUGUGGUCUAUCGCCUCCGUGGACUGUGGCCUCCGUGGACCGUGGCCUCCGUGGACAGUGGCCCCCGUGGACUGUGGCCUCUGUGGACGGUCGCCUCUGUGGUCUGUUGCCUCUGCGGACUGAAGCCUCAGUGGACCGUGGCCUCAGUGGACCGUGGCCUCCAUGGACAGUGGCCUCCGUGGACUGUCACCUCCGUGGACCGCCGCCUCUGUGGACUGCCGCCUCUGUGGACUGCGACCUCUGUGGACUGUGACCUCUGUGGCGGGCGUGAGAAUGUCAGGGAGGAGGAGGCCUUUGAAGUGGGAGGUGGAGGCCAGAGGCCAGCCGCUCUGCAUGCCCUGUGCUGGUGGCCUUGGAGGGUGGCCAGGGCAGGGGUGGGAAUGGUGGGGCUUUGAGUGGGGGGACUCUGGUGUGGCCACCUUCUGCAGAGAGGGAGAGGAGAGCCUGGGGCCUGGGAGGGGCUGGGGUGUCCUGUCCCUGCCCCAAGGUGCCUGCCUCGGGCUCCCUCUUUGUGUGCAGCCAGCCGGAGGCCACAGGGACUUGUGAACAAAGCCCACGUAGGAGGACGGGCCCCACAGUGCCCAGGCCCAGCCCGCCAUUUGGCAUCUGUCCGAUCAGGAAAGACAGCACAUUUGGGUCUCAGCGCAGCUUAGGAAGAACCACGGGCUGUGGAACCCAGCACACGAUCUCUGACCAUGAACCAUGGGGAAUACAGAACAUGGAACCCAGCACAUCUGCAGGUCCGUGGCUGUGAUGGGGUGGGGGUGUGGAGGGCCAGACCCCGGGCUGGGUCAGCGGCAUGCCUUGAGCCCUGCCCCUUAUGGACCCUCAUUACUUGUGGUCUCCCUGAGCCCACGUCUGUCCUGCUCAUCAUCCCUCCCCCAGGCCCCCGACUUGAGUCCACGUAGAUGUUUCGUCCACUGCAGUUUUUAUCCAACCGGCACCCAAACGGCCACUCUGUGGCCGCUGGACCCUCUUCAUGAAGCUCCUGUGUCCUCUGGCGUGACCGCGUCGCUUUUGUCAUUUUCCUUGCUUUCUGGUACUUCAACAGGUGGCCGGCUCGUCUCGUAUGUUUUCUUCCUCUUGGUGGGAGGCUGUGUUUAGAGACCACGUUCUGGGGGGGAGUCACUGCUUUGCUCUGUCCUUGUUGCUGGGCUUUUUCUGCAGACAGAAUCAGGACUGUUUUUAAAAUAAAAUAUUUCAUGUGUUCAUA